CUGUCGAUGGUAUUCCUCAACAAAAACCAAAACCAAUUCAUAUAUCCAUCCCCUGCCCGAUCCGAUUGACUGUUCGAAAAGCUUGACGAGAAAAAAACAACACGAGAUUCAUUCAUUCAUUCCCGUCUCGCCGCUCCCUCCGAUCGCUCACCCCUGCCCUAAUUAGAGCCUAGAGAAUCAAGGCAUCUGUUCGGAAACCAUCCGACGAAUCAUCAUGAAUUCGAGCUACGGAAAAUCGAGCAGCAAAACGGGCUCGAUUAACGCCUUCGAUUUCGAUCUCGGGUUGGGCGGUGGCCGCGGUGGAAAACCCUUGAAUGAUCAGAAAGCCCAAACGGCGUCGUAUUCAUCCGCACCUUCAUGGACCCCUUCCCAGCCCAACAAGCCGGCGUGGACGCAUAAGCCGGCCACUCCGGCUCCGGCUCCGGCUCCGUCCUCCGGGCCCGGAUCCCUCUCCGGCCCGACGUCGAUGGUAGGAGACAUUUUCGGGAAGAGCUGGAAUUCAUCUGCCCCUUCCAAUACGGGUAUUGGGAUUGUCAACAGUAACAACCCCAAUCUGUUCGGCGAUUUGCUCGGCUCAGCCAUGGGCCAGAGCAAGAGCACCAGCAACGUUCCAUUGAAAAGCUCUGCUCCGGCGACAGCUCCGCAUAGGUUUUCUAUGGGAUCAAUGGGCAAUUCAUUGCCAAAAACCGGGAGCUCUGCCCAAACAUGGGGGACGAACGUUAGUAAUGUAGGUGGAAGUGUGAAUUCUAGUGGCAAGGGUAAUAAUAUUAAUUCGAGUUCGAGCUCGAGCAUUGGUGGAGGGAAUGUUAACUUAGGGGGGAAUAGUAAUCGCAGCCCGAAUCUUGGCGGCCCUUUGAUGAAAAGUAUGGCCGGAGGUGGAAUUGGAGGUGGUGGAAUGGGGUCAAAUAAGGACCCUUUUGGAUCAUUGGUCGAUUUCACGUCUAAACCCGUUGGUGGGUCGAGUAAACAAAGGGACCAGAGUGGUUUAGGGAAUGAUUCAUUUGGAGCAUUCCAAAGCAACACAAAUGGUUCAAGUUCAACAUCUUCCUUGGAUAAUGAUCCAUUCAGCAGUUUUGGGUUUUCUGGCAGUCAAACCAACAAUUCGAAAGCAAGUGGCAGUUCAGCUUCAGCAUUUUCUUCUGGUGUAUCUCCGGAUAUGAUUGGUGACUUUGGUUUUCAAAGUAGUCAGCCAAGCAAUCCAACUCAGCCUCCAAUGCAGUCCUCGGGUGGGAAUGAUUUUGAUGCUUUGUUUUCAUCUUCUGGCGGGGCUGGGGGAUUUACGGACCAGAAGUUUACAGAGGGGGAUGAUUGGGGAAUAAAUUCAGAGUUCGAUGAUUCAUCAGUGGGUGGGACAACAGAGCUGGAUGGCCUUCCUCCUCCUCCCAGUGGAGUUUCUGCUCCCAUUGCACAGAGUAAAGGUGUUGACAAUUAUAAGAAGGGCCAAUUUGCGGAUGCCAUCACAUGGUUGUCUUGGGCUGUUAUUCUUCUAGAGAAGGCUGGAGACAUGGAUGGAACGAUGGAGGUCUUAAUCUGCCGGGCUUCCUGUUACAAGGAAGUUGGGGAGUAUAAGAAAGCUGUGGCUGACUGUACAAAGGUGCUGGAACAGGAUGGCAAGAAUGUUUCGGUCCUAGUGCAGCGUGCACUUCUGUACGAGAGCAUGGAGAAAUACAAGCUCGGGGCUGAGGAUCUGAGGACUGUAAUGAAAAUUGAUCCUGGGAAUAGAGUUGCAAGAAGCACAGUACAUCGGUUGGCAAAAAUGGCUGAAUAGAAAAGAAGCCAUUCUUUCAAGCUCGUGAAAUAUUCACAGUGAGUCCUCUUUGUGAUUUAUACUACACUCACAUCACAUAUGAUAUGAUAUGAUGGUUGAGAGGUGCAAUUGUUGUUGGCAUAUUGUUGUGAUUGCUCUUUCAGUUUGGAAAAUAUUUGAUCUGUUUGUUUGUUGCCUUGGCAAUACAUCGACGGACAGACACAUGAUAUCUUCUUCAUAAUGGACAAAUAUUAAAGUUGUACUUGUGCCUCA